AUGUCGCUGGGCCCCCAAGGGCCGGCCAUUACGGCCCUAUUAGACUCCAUUGUGGUGCUGGUAGAGGCCGGCCUGACGGCUUCACCGGGCCCCCUUUCGGCCCCGGUACCCCAGGCGACUCGUCGCCCGCAGCCUACUACUCAACAACGGCAGCAGCAGCAGCAACCCAGGCGCCAACCACCGGCCCCACGCCGCCAACCCCCGCGUCCUGCUCCACAGCAGCAACAGCGCCCUCCUGCCCCUCGCCGUCAACAGGCCCCCACCAUCGGCAAUCGCCGCAACCCUCACGUGGCAGCGGCGAAGAAGGCGGCGGCUGGCGGCGAGAAGCCCGUGAUUAUCAUCCGGCCCUCGGGCCCGAACCCGCCAGCUCCUCUCUCCAAAGAGGAGUUUAGUACAAAACUCCGUGGAUAUGAAGUGGCUCCCAAGCAGAGCAGGGCGCCUCGGGUGAUCCUCUUCUCUCCAGCCGUAUCCAAGGACGUCACAACCGUGGCCUUGGAACGGCAGUUGAAGGAGGAAAAUGAGGGCCUGAUCGGCCAAGGAGCGACGGGACCUGCCGUGCAAAACCUGCACUGGCGUGGCCCCAACCUG